AUGUAUUGCCCACUAUUUCUAUGGAAGAUUUAUAAGUUCUUUGUACAUCUUUACACGGGUAGAUGUGAAAUAGAGAGACUUUGUCAUAACUAUGAGAUAAGCAAUCACAAUAGAAGACUUCUCAUUGAACAGAGUAUUGAGAACUCGUCAAAGUUGAAUAGAAUAAAGACAUCGCUCUUGGCUGAAUUCGAUACACAUACAAUUGCAAUGGCAAUCGUCGAAAUUAAGAAAAUUAAUCAAGAUCUUUUAGCUUUUGAAUCAACUAUAUUACCAAAUUUAGAAGCAGCAUUAGAACCUUUGUCAGCAUUACAAUCAUUGAAAGCACAAAUCACUUUAUUAAGAGAUCAAGCUUAUGAUUCUGAAAAUGAAAUACAUGAAGAGAAAUUAGAUCAAUUGUGGAAUUCUAUUUUCCCAAAUAAAAGAAGAUCGGCAAGAAUCACAAGUGAAUGGGGACAUAUGGGAUUCCAAGGUAAGGAUCCAGCAACUGAUUUCAGAGGAAUGGGACUUCUCGGUUUGGAGAAUCUGCUCUACUUGGCAACAAACUAUGAAGAGGAAACUAAAUACAUUCUAGAGUGCGCAAACAGCAAAUUUCAAUACCCAUUUGCAAUCACAGGAAUCAACAUCACCUCAAAACUUGUAAAUAUGUUACUCUCCGAGAAGAAUCAUCUUAAAAAUCAUUUUAUUUAUACCAAACCAUCGAUGAGAGAUUUCAAUGAAUUAUAUGCUAAGGUAUUUAUAUCAUUUAAUAAUUACUAUCAAUCAAAGAAACCAGAGAACGUUAUGCAAUUUGGUCCUAUCAUCAAUGAUUUUAUAGCUAAUCUACAUUUAAAUCUAUUGGACGCAUUCGAUACAAAUACCAAUCAAUAUAAUCUUAGCUUAUUUUAA